CUCGGAUGUCUUGCAUGACAUUCUCAAGAAAUUUAACACCUUUAGUUUCAACCCACCUCUCGUGCGGUUUAUCGUCUCAGUAUGACUUCAAUUGACAGAAAAGACGCAAAACCAGCAAACACACAGGUGAGGACAGUACAAAGCCCUCAGGUGCCGUCCCUAUCACUUCCUCACUAUGGUGAUCCUGGAUCAGCUAUUUCGAGCCCUCACAACUAUCACAGUUUGGGCCACUGUCUUCGCACCAACAUAUUUCCAGGAGCUCCUUUAACGUGGAAGUCUGUCUCCAGAGACUCCUACAUCCACCACGCUCUGACUGCAUGGCCUCCUGAUCACUGGUACGGCCAUAAGACAGACGAAAUGGUCCUUUGGACAGAGAGAAACAUCAUGAACCAGAAACUCGACAAGAUACUGACAGAAGCGAAAGGAAAGAGCACCACAAAAUGAUGUCCGGCCUCCCACCCUGAGAUCACAACAGCACUCGGCACACUUGUGAUUCACACCUUGGCUUAGUUUUGAAACGAAAAUAAAAUGUGAUUUGCAACUGUGCAUGUUGUGAACUUGUUGCUUAACAAUACAAAACAAGAGGAGGGUUAUGUUAAAGA